AUGUGGAUAAAUUUAAUAAUCGUUCGCUUUAUGUGGUUGGUUAUUGGUUAUUGGCAUUUGGUUAUUUCCGAGAAUAUUGAUAUUGAUUUAUCGGUUGAUCGAAGCAACUGGGAAAAUCCGCUCGAUCCAUUAUCGAAUUAUAUAAAAUGCAACGAAGAUCAUGUAAAGCAAUUUGUCAACUGUCAGUAUCAGUUGGCUAAAUGUUCAAAGUCUCUUGUUGAUAAAUCAGUUAAUAUGCAUCAUAAAGUUAGUGAUCCUACUUUAAAACAUAUCAUUCGUAACAUAUUAGAACGACUGAACGUGGAUAUUUUAAAGGUGCGAGAAGUGAAUUGCGUUGCAAAAGUUUAUAUAAAUGCUGCAGAUGUUCAAAUCCUAAGGAAGUAUCUUAAUUCAGAGGAUGAUUCUAUUACUGUAAGAGAGCAAAUACGGGCAAUACUCGAGCAAUUUGUUUUACCAGAAAUUGUGGCUGAACGUUUAUCUCGUUCUAAAUUCAAUUCUGUUGAUCGCUGUAAAACAAAAAAUAUUCUAUCGAAUUUGUAUAAAAGUUUCAUGGGAUAUUUUCAUUUUUUCUCAUCCCAGAAAGAUGAAUGUCUUCAAUAUUAUGAGGAUACUUUCGUGGAUCCAUUUUAUAAAAUAUCAGCUUUGGAUAUUAUUUCUGAUGUUUUUUCAAAUUUUGUUUUAACUCCUCUCGGUAUUUUUGGUCAUCAUUUCAAAGUAUUCAUCCACGAAUAUUAUAGCGAUUCUACUCUUGUUCUCAUUAUUGUAAAGACAGUUGUCGCUUGCAUUUUCUAUUUCACCAGUUCUGUGGAUAGAAAAAUUUCAUCGGAUGUUGCUGCUCGCGUCGGCAAUAUCAUUCAACGUUUAUCGAUCGACCCACCCGGCUCCGCUAUUAGCUCCGCUCAUGAUCAACCUUAUUCAGUUCAGCCACAUGUUUCAAUAAAUAACAUGAAAGAAAUGAGACCAGGUCGUUAUCGCUCAUUAAGUGUAGGGCGAUAA